AUGGAUUGCUUAAUAAAGAAGAUCAAACAGGUGUUUCAACACUCCAUCCAGAAAUGCUUCCCCACAAUUAACGAAGAAGUCGUGGUUACCUACGCCAAUGCGAAAUUCGGCCACUUCCAAUGUAACAACGCCCUUAACAUAUUCAAAAAGUACGGAAAGGAAUUGAACGUGGAAAAUGCGCAGAAACUCUCACAGCUAAUAAUAGACAACAUCAGCGAGAGUUUUUUUGAGGAAAUUAAAUCAUCGCCACAGGGUUUCAUAACGGUCAAAUUGUCCAAAGAGUACAUAGAAAAGUCGCUACUAAAAUUGUAUAAAAAUAACAAAAUUGAAAUAAGCGUAAAUAUAAAUGAAGUGAAGGGUAAAGAGGAUGCAGACUACAAUAGAGUGUUGGUCGAUUUCUCUUCCCCAAAUAUUGCCAAAGAAAUGCAUGUCGGACAUUUAAGAUCAACCAUAUUAGGAGAUAGCAUAUGUAAAAUUUUCGAGUUCUUAAAUGUAGAAACGCUUAGGAUUAAUCAUAUUGGGGACUGGGGUACACAGUUUGGAAUGAUUAUAAAUUAUAUAGUCACCAAUUAUCCGAAUUUUAAGGAGAACAUGCCAGAAUUAACAAAUUUGACCAGUUUGUACCAAGAGGCUAAAAAGCUGUACGAUGCAGAUAAAGAAUUCGAAAAAAACUCUAAAAGUUAUGCCAUCAAAUUGCAAAAUAAUGAUGAAGAUUGCUUAUUUAUUUGGAAAAAAAUAUGCGAAAGUAGCAAAAAAGAAUUCGACAAAAUAUAUAAAAUAUUAGACAUUAAUUUAGAGUAUGUUGGAGAAUCACACUACAUCAGUAUGCUUGCAUCAGUUUUGCAAAUGUUAAAGGAUCAACAGCUGUUGUCAAAUGUUGGAGAUGCUAUAUGUUAUCAGUCAGAAAAUUUCAAUGUCCCAUUAUUUUUACAAAAGUCCAAUGGUGGAUAUGGCUACGAUUCUACAGAUGUUUCUGCUCUUCAUUACAGAUUACAAAAAUUAAAUUCUGAUUGUGUUAUUUAUGUUACGGAUAAUGGACAGUUAUCACAUUUCGAAGCUAUAUUUGAGCUAGCCAGGAAAGCAAAAUGGGCAGGGGAAAAAACCAAGUUAGUUCAUGUUGGGUUUGGUCUUGUCUUAAAUGCAGAUAAUAAAAAAUUCAAAACGAGAAGUGGCGCCACCAUAAAGCUCAUUAAUCUUAUCAACGAGGGGACUGAACGAGCCAAGAAAGAUCUACUCGAAAGGAUUCAGUUGAAGAGCGAAGAGGAAAAGAACUACUUUAAAGGCGUAGACAUAGAUAAGCUGAGCGAAGAGCUGUGUGUGAGUGCCAUCAAGUAUUUCGACAUCAAGCAACACAGAAACACGGACUACAAGUUUUCCUAUGAUAAUAUGCUGAACGUGAAAGGAAACACGGGAUUGUACAUUAUAUACGCCUACUCAAGAAUGUGCUCGAUUUUUAGAAAGUGCAGCGUAGAUAUGGACGCACUGUCAAAAGAUGAGCUGAACCUAGUUAGCCCGUACGAAAUAAACCUAGGAUUGCACAUUUUAAAAUUCCCCGACGUCUUUUAUUUUAUUUUGAAAAAUAUGCUAAUUCACAAAUUGGCCGAGUACACCUACGACUUAACGACCACAUUCACGGCGUUCUACGAAAACUGCAAAGUUCUAAACAGCGAAAACGAGAAAACGAGACUAAUUCUGUGUGCCAUAGCAAAGUCAUUAUUACAGAUAGGCAUAUGGGCAAAUAUUUGUUUAAGACUCCUGGGCCUGAAAGCCAUAGAAAAACUGUGA